GCUUCGGUUUUAGUCUUUAUAGCUUCAGACUGGAAUCUGGAUUGUGUUUUCGGAAUCAAACAUCAACUAGUUUUUUAAAUAUUUGUCACAGUGUCGAUGUGAUUUUUUAUUAUAUAUCGACUCAUAUUACAAUUAUAUUUUUUUAUUAUCAUAUAUAAAUAUAAUAGUAUAAAUAGUCAAUAAUAUUAUAGUUGCGUUAUGAGUAAUAUAUUUAAACUGAAGCUUACCGCUCUUGGUCAUCCUAACCCCGAAAGCUUUAAUUUCAAUGACGAAAAAGAAUAUAGAAGUGUAGUUCUCUGGCUAGAGGAUCAAAAAAUUAGGCAUUAUAAAAUUGAAGAAAGGGAAGGCCUUCGUCUAAUAGAUAGUGAGAAAUGGAUAUCAGCCUACAAUACUUAUCAAACAGAUCUUGUCAGUCCUGUUAUUAAUGGCACACUAAAUGAACAACUAAAUUGGUUGCUAUCUUACGCUGUGAGAUUGGAAUUUGCUGACAAUAUAACCAAAUAUAAAGAUGUUAAAGUUGAUCAGCCAAAGCAAGUGGUCCCCAAUGUUGUGUCGUCCAAUCCCUUGGACAACUUAAAUUUUGAUAGUCCUGGGUUUAAAACUGGAGUUGACCGAAUUUGCACUUUAGUUGGAGUUGGGCCUCAUGCUGAUCCUAAAUUCCGUUUAGCAGCUGUCAAUAAAAUUCUGAAGACUGCACCACACCCUGACCAGCCAAAGUCUGAUGGUAUAAAUGUCCAGCAACCUGUAGAUGUGCUGAAACUAUUAUUUAUCCAAGAUCUAAGAGAAUUGCAAACAAAGAUUAAUGAAGCUCUUGUUUCUGUUCAAACUGUAACAGCUGACCCUCGCACUGAUACAAAGCUCGGUAAAGUUGGAAGAUAAUUUAUUUACACUUAUUUCGUUGACUUUGAUAGUGUAACACAAUAUAUUGUGGAAUAAAAUACUGUUUUAUAAAUA